CGCCAACAGUGCCACGUCAGACACAGUGCCACGUCAGACACAGUGCCACGUCAGACACAGUGCCACGUCAGACACCAUGCCACAUCAGCAGUGCUACGUCAGCAACAUGACGGGCCUGCCAGGCCAACUGGCCAAUGAGCCCAUUGCCGACUACAAAAAGUGUUUCCAGGCUCAGCUCGCUUUCAUCGAGGCUGAGGAACAACACCAGCUGGCAGCCGCAGCUGCCCAGCUACAGGCUGAAGAAGCGGCAACAGCAGAGAAGCUGCGGCUACAGGCCGAAGCAGACGCAGAUGCCCAGGCUCACCGCAAGGAAGCCCAGGAUCUGCUGCAGCGGCAUGAAGCCAACAGCAUCGACAGACUCAAGUUUUGGCACUUUGAACCGAACGGCGACGAGGCAACACCGGAAGAGCAGCAUAAGGAGUUCAUGGCCAAGCUCGUGACCAGCAGUGCAUCCUCUAGCCGCCAACUGGAGGAACACGUUGACCACGUAGUGGCAAUGCUAGAAGACAUAAGUGCCUUCACAGAGCCGGCCACCAUCAGCCAGCGGCUCGAGUUGCUGGACACCAAGAUCAGUCAGCAACAGCAGACCGACCACAACCACAACAACAGCUCGGCGAGGCCAUACAAGAUGCCGACGUUCCGGAUCGAGAAAUUUGAUGACUACACACAUCAAGACCCGGUCGUCUGGUGGCAAGGAUUUACAACGGAGUUGGGGAUUCACGAGGUCCCUGACCAUUUGUUCAUCAGUGCUCUGUUCAUCAACACCAAGGGAGGAUGUCAGAUCUGGCUCCGCCACAUGGCAACCAUCCACGACAUCCAGGUUUCAGACUUGUACAAGAAGGUCUCCUGGGAGGAUAUGACAAAGGAAUGGAAGAAGCGGUUCAUCGUUGAUGACGCCCCGACACUUGCCAUCAACCGCAUCUUCACGAUGGCUCAAGGGAGCACACCGACACGUGACUGGCUCACGGAUUGGCAGAAGAUCGUGUCAACACCCGAUUUGGACUUGCCAUUUCCGCAUCUGCACCGUGAGUUCUACAACAGGUCAUGCGCCGCUCUCAGCCUCGCACUUGGUGAUCGCGAGCAGUACAACACUUUCGCAGAGAUCACCAACAAGGCGAGGGAGGUCAUCAAGACCAACAGGGCAGCUGCACACGAGAAGUCAACGUGGCAGCCAACCUAUGUGGAGAAGGAGAAGGAGCAGGAGGAACAGGGGAAAGAGCAAGGGAAGCAGCAGGAGAAGGAGAAGCAGCAGGAGGGAGAGCAGGAGAAGGAGAGGGAGGAGGAGAGGCAGGAGCAGCAGGAGAACGAGCGGGAGCGGGGCUAUGGCGGGAUCUUUGUCACGUUGUUUGGCGGAGGAGCGGGAGGGGGAGGAGGAGGAGGAGGAGGAGGAGCAGUGGGAGGAGGUGGCACAAGGGAGAGUAGGAGGUCGGAAGAGGGGGAGGAGCAGGUCGCACGAGGAGGAGUCACUUUUUAUUUAUUUAUUUUUAAUCCCCGCCUUUUGGGUGGUUUUUCGCAUGCUACUAUUCGGCCGCCGUCGGAGAGUGGGAGAAAGGAGGUUGUGCAAGCGGGAGGAGGAGGUUGUGCAAGCGGGACGAGGAGGUCAGAAGAGGGGAAGGACGAGAUCGCACAAGGGGGAGGAGGUAGGAAGACAGAUUGGAGGAGGUGGCACGAGGGGGAGGAGGAGGUUGUGCGAUGGGAAGCGGACGUCGCACAAGGGGGAGGAGGUCGUGCGAGGUGGAUGAGGAGGGGGAAGAGGACGCGUGAGGGGGAGGAGGAAGUCGCACAAGGAUUAGGAGGUUGCGCGAGGGAAGGAGGGUCGGAAGAGAGGGAGGAAGUCCCACGGGGGGAGGAGGGGGUCGCGCGAGGGGUAGGAAGAGGUCGCACAAGGGAGAGGAGGAGGUCGCGCGGAGGUUGCGUAAGGGGGAGGAGGAGAUCGGAAGACGGAGUGGGAGGGGGAGGAGCAGUUCGCACAAGGACAAGCAAGAGGUUGCACAAGGGGGAAGAGGAGGUGGCACAAGGGAGAGGAGGAGGUCGGAAGAGGGGGAGGAGCAGGUCGCACGAGGAGGACGAGAGGUUGCAGCGGAGGUCGGAAGGGAGGUUGGAGGAGGUGGCGCGAGUGGUUUGAGGAGGCCGGAUGAGGACACAUGAGCGAGAGGAGGAGGUGGUGUAAGGAGGAGGAGGAGUUGGAUGAGGUCGGAAAGAGAGGUGUGAGAAGGUCGCGCAAGGGGGAGGAGGACGCAAUGCAAAGGGGAGGAGUGGGUCAUGGGAGGGGUAGGAGCAGAUCGCAUGCUGGGGACGAGAGGUUGCAGAGGUCAUGCGGCAGGGGAAGGAGGAGGUCGUGCUAGGGGGAGGAUUUCGUACGAGCGGGAGGGGGUCGUGAGGGAGGACGAGGACGUCGCGAUAGGGGGAGGAGGUUGCACAAGGGGGCGCACGUGCACACACGAGC